AUGGGUAGAAAGGAGAACCGAUAUCUUGCAAAUCCCUUAGGGUCGUCGCCCACCAUUGGCGACGUUGUAGCAAUGUCGUUGUACCCCACAACCACCACCUUAUUCUCCCUUUUCUGUCUCAAGCUGGUGCCUUCGUCAUGCCAGAUGGAUCUUACUUCCAAUAACCUAAAGAGAUGCAACAAACGUACAUAUAUGGUGAGGGGUUUCGAUGCGAUUCUUGUCAAAUUACAAAUUGUCUACAACUACCAAAAAACUAACAUCUUCUUGGUUUUGGGGAUAAACAUAGAUUUUGACCCAUAA